GGCGAAUUUCGGGCCAAGCAUCGAUUGUGUAGUUAGCACCUUCUGGAAAGGGGGGAAGUGCAAACCAAAUAACAAUGAUCUCUGCGCGCCUUCCUAAAUAACCCCAUAUCACCAAACUGUCAGCUCACCAUGGCCUCCUAUCACCGAGUUUUGGGCGUCUUCGGCAAGUCCGUCAAGGACAAAACGCUGGAGUGCGAUUGCGAUAUUCAUCCAUGGGAAAUCAAAAUCAACGGUGAACAAUGGCCAGGAAAGAUCCGCCUCAUUGGGUUUGUGGAUGUGUUUUUCCUUUUCUCCUACUCGGCCAACGCACGCUUCGAGAAGGGAGUCAUUGUCUACAAGGAACGAUACGACCUUGAAAACCUCCUUCAGCAAAGGGAUGAAGCACGUGCGAAAGCUGGAGAGAAGAUUGUCGAGGGACAUUUCGAGAAUGCUAGCAAAGAGUCUCUCUAUAGUUCUGCUGCUCCAGAAACUCCUUUGUCAAGUUUGCCAAGCCAGGAAGGCAAGGUGAAAGAAAUUAAGUCUGAGGUGGUCGAACUCGGUCCCGAGACGCCGGGCUCGUCUUCUCCGUUGGAGAGCAAACAAGGCAUGUUCUCCACAAACCAAUCCACGGAGGAUAAAAAACGUCUGGACCGUCUAGAGUUUGAAAACACGACAUUGUACAAAGUACGCAGCUUGGGCUACGAAGUGGGUCUCAAGAACCGAUAUCCAGUCUCCUCCAUUCAGGAAUGGGUCAUCGAGAUCAACAAGCCCUACCAUCGGGCACUGAGGCGACGCAUUAAGCGGGCCAUAAAAGAACACACGACCACUGAGCUCUUAGAGGAUGUGGUUAGAUGUGGGUUUAUUUCACAUGGUCAACUGGCCGGCCACGUUCUGUCCAAGUAUCUCGUUGGGGGUGUUUUGGAUGAUACUCUGACGAAGUAUAUCGAGGGAUUGGCGGUGGGAAAUGGGGCAGGAAGGGUGCCACUAGCCAACGAGGGGUAUUGAGUAUAGACAUCUGUAUUAAGGAUCUGGAUACCGGUUGAGUGUUGGAUGUGACUGUGGUUAGUGCUCAUGAUUGAAUGGGUUGUGAUAGUGGUUCAUGAUUGUUGUUGUAGUUAUAGUUGCUUCUAGAAUAGGAAAUGUUAUGGAG